UCUUCGUCUUCCUAUCCGAAAGAAGGAAUACACAGGAUCCAGCGAAUCAUUCUUUAAGAGGAAAUUCUUUUACCGACUGGGAAGCAAAGAUAACGAGUAAAGGAGCACUUCAGAACUAACUGGAACCAAAGGAAAGAACCUGAAAUAACUUAUACGCUCUAUUUAGCCAGACAAGGAGUAAAAGAGGCAGGGUUUUACCUUAGUGAGAACUGCAACAGUCACAAUAGAAGGUGAAGCUUUCUCAGUCAAAUUUCUCACUGUCAAUAGGCUGGCUGUUUGUGAAGAGGGCAUUUGUAUAAAGAUUCGCAAUCAAAUACCCAGUUCAAGCUGAAAUUUUGAAAUAAUUCCUGAGUACUUUCUUGCUCUUCUUUUUUUUUUCUUCAUUUGUAUUUGAUUUUGCCAUGUUUUGUUUGUGCUGCAAAAGACUGCAAUUUCAACUAGUCCCAAAUUGGAGAAAUGCGGCAUACUCGACGAUCCAUUUGAGUUUUCUUUUGCAGAAUACAUCACUUUUUUCUAAAUCUUUCUCAUCGGUUGAAGUUGUGGCACAUGAUAGAAGAAAACAACCAGAACAACAUUCAUUUACAGUGUCUUAUUUCAUAAACUCAUGUGGCUUUUCCCCAGAAAUUGCUGCUUCUUUAUCAAAGAAAGUAGCUUUUGAAACCCCAGAAAAACCAGAUUCUGUGCUUGGCCUUCUCAGAAAAAAUGGGUUUACCAAUGCCCACAUAUCCAAACUUGUUAAAAAAUUACCGACAGUGCUUGUAGGCACUGUUGAGGAAACUCUUUUACCCAAGCUUGAGUUUUUCCAUUCCGUGGGGAUUUCUGAUACUGACCUUGCGAAUGUAUUGUCCUCAAACCCUGCUAUUUUGCGGCAGAGCUUAGAGAAAACAAUUAUCCCUAACUAUAACUUCCUGAAGAGUUUGGUUUCCAACCAUAAAAAAAUUGUCAAUGUUUUGAAGCGGGCAAUUUAUAUGCAUGAUGUGCAAAAGAAAGUUGUUCCCAAUAUUUCUACCUUGAAAGGAAUUGGAGUGACACAAUCAGGUAUUUCAACUUUGAUCACCUCAAAUCCUUGUGUAUUGUGUGCAAGUUCUGAGAAGUUUGAUGAACGUGUCAAGAAGGUUAUCAAGAUGGGAUUCAAUCCUUCAACCAUUGCAUUUAUCCAAGCACUCAUAGCAGUUGCGACCAUGACCGACAAUUUCUGGGAACGAAAACUGAAGGUUUAUAGGAGUUGGGGUUGGUCUGAAAAUGACUUCUGGUUAGCUUAUAGAAAGUAUCCCAAAUGUAUGAGUCUGUCUGUGGAGAAUAUAAAUACCAAAAUGGACUUUUAUGUGAACAAGAUGGGUUGGCAACCUUCAAUGGUUGCUACAACCCCUGGGGCUUUAGCUUGUAGUUUGGAGAAGAUAAUCAUCCCGAGAUGCAGAGUUUUAAGGGUUUUGUUGUUGAACGACUUGAUUAAGAAAAAUUUCAGUAUUUCUUAUGUGCUGAAGAGCUCUGAAAAGUACUUCUUAGACAAUUUUUUGUCCAAGUAUCAAGAACAGGUUCCAAAACUAUUUGAUAUAUAUCAAGGGAAAAUUGAUCUUUCAGAACUAGGCAUUGGAUAUGAGAAAAAACCUGAGGCAAACCAACUGUAGCUUGUUAUUUCUUGAUUUUUAUAUACACAUGUUUUUUCUUUUUAUUGUUGCUUGUUAAUGUGAGUGCCUUUGGCCCUGAACUUAUUCAGCUCUGAAUACAGCUUAGAGCUUCUUGUAUUAGUUCUCAUUGUUUAAUUGGACAAACUGAAAAGAAUG